UGAUUCAUUGCGUCUCCACUGUCAGGAGAGACAGUUGCAAGGUCAUGAAAGCUAUAGUUCUCCCUUUUGGCCGGUAGAUGUCUCUGUUUGGUGAGAAAUUGAUUUUUUUCCGAGGCUUCCACGGAGCAGGUGCUUCACUCGGGACUUUCACUCGCCACUGCGUGUAUCACAAAACGUUCGAAUCCUCCCCCUCACAUGUUCCACCUGCACGCUGCAGCUGCACUGGCUCUAAAUAUGGGAUAUGUGGAUGAAUAAUAGAUAGCCAAUCAGAGAGGACAAGGAGCCGGCGCUGCGCACGCGUAUUGGCCCUCCGUGCCGUCAGUCAGAGAGGUCGCUCACAGGAGAGCUGUGGCUGAGCUGUGAUUGUGGGCACGGAUCUGCUGUGCCACGAAAUGGGGCAGAUGAGUGUUGGUCUUUGACGAAGUGCCGCCGUGACAGCACCUGCCGCAGCACUCCAACAGUCCAGGUGAUGACUUGCCAGGCCUCACCCACACCUCCCAGUCACUCAAUCUGGGGACUGACCACUUACUGGGUGUGCUUCACUGAUUACUGCAGUACCCUAUAAUGGAGGGCACACACACCGUCCUGGUCCUGUACGCACCCAUCCACGAGCUCUGCAACAUCAGCCUGUAUUUUCCAAAGAGGUGGACCCCUGGCUUUAAGUACAAGAGCCGUGCCUCCAUUUCCGAAGAGGCUGGUAAUGACCGUGAGCAGGAAAAGGAGGAUGUGUCCAGACAAAGAGUCCAGUCUUCUGCCUGCUCAGGCAGACUCCUCUACUCCCGGCAAGCAACAAAGGAAGCUGUUGCGGAGCUCAGCUGGCUCGCGGCGGAGCACCACCAGUUGCUGGUGGACCUUCUGUCGCUGUGUCGGGAUUGUGCCAGCAAAGUAAGGAUGGGCAAUCAGGAUGGGAAGGUGCAGGACUACGUGGAGGGUCAGAGAUUUCAACCUGCAAGUCACCACGUCUCCAGCAGCAGCCGAGGUACUCCUGCGUCUUCAGAUCAUAAAAAGGCUACAUCCAAGAGCAGGAAGAUGAAAAAGCUUGGAGGAAAAAAGCUCGACAGUGCUGAGGAUUUACUGCACAGUAAGAUGAAGAAGCAGAUCACAAGUGCUCCUCUGGGUUCUGCUUGUCCUCCUCAGAACGCAGUGCCAGCUCCUGCUGUCUCGGUAGCGGAGCGUGCUGCAGUUCCUCCGGCUGUUGUGGAAGUCUGCGAUAGUCCAGCCACGGGGUCUUAUGUCAGUGCUGUCAGUAAUCCUAUCCUGCCCAUGGAAGAACCUUUUCAGAUGAGUCGAGAAGCAUGGGACUUCAUGGAGGACAACCGGACCUUUGACCCCGACAUGUACUUCUGUAAUGACUUUUCUGAGUAUGACAGUGAGCUGGGUUUUGAGUCUUCAUCUUGCAGUCUGAUUGAAGGACUGUCCAGACGAAAUAGUGGGAGCAACCUGCGACCAAUUAGGAGGUUUGAUUCUCCGCUGGACACCUUAUCUGAAGGUGCAUCAUCGAUCAGGUCCGGUGACCAGUCAUGUAACGACGAUCUAAAGAACACAGGGGUCAGGGUGGUGGCCAAGCUGCAGGACGUGGCAGGGAAAGUGCAGCACGUCGGCCAGAACAGCCCAGACGGACAAGACCAGCUGCUCGGAGUGGGUAGAGAAAAGACAGGAAACAGACAAUGUGAGGGACUGUGGCUGCCCCUGUCCAACACCAACAGUCUCUCAUGCUCAACUAAACCUCACCUCAGAAGCCCCACUUCCUCCUCUUUGUCCGGGGUCUUUAACACAUCCUACCCUACCUCAAAUAGCCUCCAGAGCAUGUCCCCGGUCCUGUCCCCUCUGCCCUCUAAGCAGGGCAGCCCACAGUUGAACCACCGCAUUCUCCUGCUGUGUGAUAAAGACGUGGAUUCCGACCCCCAGGGCAACAUCGACGAGCCCAAAAUCUACACCGAGAUCAUCGACAGGAACGGCAACAAGCGCACGAUCACCCGCCUGGAUCUAAACCUGAGCAGGCGGCCCAGCAACGCCAAGUGGAAUUCCUCAAGCAACUCCACCACAACAGACGAGUCCCUCUUGCGUCAGGAUGAUAUCUGGAUGCUGGAUGCCGAUGACUCCCAGGAGUCCAUUUCACGCGUCCCCCGCCCAGACCACCUGGACUUCCUUCGCAUCACACCGCCAGAGGAUGACAUCAUCGGGGACACACCUUCCUAUCCCAAACUGGAGUGCACGACAGAACUCACUUCACCUACAGACAGUGAGGACAGGACACCGGGACGUCUGCAGGCUGUGUGGCCCCCACCCAAACCUAAAGAUGAGGAGGAGAAGGUGGGGCUCAAGUACACGGAGGCUGAGCACCAGGCCGCCCUCCUGCAGCUGAAGAGAGAGUGCAAGGAAGAGAUCGAGAGGAUGCACUCUGACUUCGAGCUGAAAAUCUUCCAACUCCGCGGUGAGAACGCCGUUACGAUAUCUCACCUGGAAGAAGCUGUAAACAAGCUGCAGGGAAUCAAGCUGAGCACGACGGGACAGAAGACCGACGAGGUCCGCGACGUCGCCGUGUCGACCGUGGAGGAACCGACGCAGAAGACCUGCCGCACCGUUGGCAUCCAGACGGACCGGGAAACGUUUAUCAAGAGUCCUGAUGGUGACGCCAGCGGGGGUCUUGCUCAAAGCCCGACCCAGAAUGUGCCAAAGAAACUCAACUUAGACUCAAUCGGCUUGAACCUGAAGGGCAACGGCACCACAGCGCCCCCUGGAUCAGGUCCACCACCACCACCACCUCCUCCUCCUCCUCCUCCACCACCUUCGUUUCUACCAGGCGGUUCAGGACCUCCUCCUCCUCCUCCUCCACCUCCUCCUUUACCAGGUUAUGCGGGAAUACCACCACCUCCACCACCACCUCCACCACCGCCUCCUCUCCCUCGGGGGGGGCGGGCCACCCCCCCCCCNCCCCCUCCCCUGCCUGGAGCCGGUCCACCCCCUCCUCCUCCACCACCAGGUCCAGGUCCUCCAGCUCCACCCCCGAUGGGUGGGUUCAGUUUUGGCAAAUUUGCAGAGACGGUUCCACGGAAGCCGACCAUCGAGCCCGCCCUCCCUAUGAAGCCUCUGUACUGGAACAGGAUACAGAUACAAGACAAGAACAACAACACACUGUGGGGAACCCUAGAGGAACCGAACAUCGUCAACGCCAACGAGUUUGAGGAUCUGUUCUCCAAGGCCACACAGCAGACCAAGAAGAAACCCCUCGCUGACACAUAUGAGAAGAAAGCCAAAACCAAAAAGAUUAUCAAGUUGUUGGACGGGAAGCGAUCCCAGGCCGUCGGCAUCCUCAUAUCGAGUCUGCAUCUGGAGAUGAAGGACAUCCAGCAAGCUGUUCUUACCGUGGACAACUCUGUGGUGGAUUUGGAGACCAUCGAAGCUUUAUAUGAAAAUAGAGCCACCGCUGAUGAAAUGGAGAGAAUAACGAAACACUACGAGACGGCGAAAGAGGACGAAGUCAAACUGUUGGACAAACCUGAACAGUUUCUCUACGAGCUCUCGCAGAUUCCUGACUUCGCAGGUCGGGCCAACUGUAUCAUUUUCCAGUCGGUGUUCCUCGAUAUGAUCGCUUCCAUUCGUCGUAAAGUGGUGAUCGUCUCUGAUCUGUGCAAAGAGCUGCUGCAGUGCAGCAGUCUGAAGGAUGUCAUGGGUCUGGUUCUGGCCUUUGGGAACUAUAUGAACGGUGGGAACAGGACGAGGGGUCAGGCUGAUGGGUUUGGACUGGAGAUCCUUCCCAAACUGAAGGAUGUCAAGAGCAGGGACAAUCGUAUGAAUUUGAUAGAUUACGUAGUAUUGUACUACCUACGCAACUUCGACAAGCAUGCCGGUACCGAAAAGAGUACGUUUCCUCUGCCGGAACCUCAGGAUUUCUUCCAGGCUAGUCAAGUUAGGUUUGAUGACCUCACUAAGGACAUCAGAAAACUAAAGAGAGAUCUAACUGCCUGUGAGAAAAAUGUGCAGAAAGUUUGUGCGAACUCAUCGGAGCAAAACCUCCAACCAUUUAAGGAGAAGAUGGAGGGAUUUAUUACCUCAGCUCAAAAGGAUCACGCGUCAGAGGAGGACCAACUCCAUGCGGCGGAGAAAAGGCAUGUGUUGAGCGCGUUUGCAUCUGUUUCGAGUGAGGCGUUGUGUAUCUGCCCGCCGCAUAUGCGCAGGAAGCCGAGAGGAAAAGGCUGCGUCUGUGAUUUGUGUUUGCUCGAGGCCACGGGCCUUAUCUUUCGCUCUGAGUUUUCACCGAAGAAGUUUCCUGAUGUCGUGUUUUUGUUGUUUUUUUUUCUCACUUCCUGCAGGUUAAAGGAAGCUCAGGAAAACAUCAAGAAAAUCACGGCGGAGAAAAGAAUCGAAACCAAGAAGAUAAAUGCAAACAGUCUGAAAGAGAGGCUGCGGGCGAAGGAGGCCGGCGUGCCCUCGAGUUGAGGUGACAAAUCAGAAAAAAGUCCGUCUGACCAACGGAACUGAACUCUCCAGAAACUCACCUCACUGCCGUAUCUCUGCUCUGCUAACAGCACUGCGCGCUCCCG